CUCUAUAGGGUUCGUAACAAAUCGAUGGAAAUUUUAAAAAAGGUUUUGCCUAUUAAUUUAAUGAGAUCUGAUAUGUCUACUACUAAUGUCGAUGAACCAAAAAAUAUUUAUGACUUUAAAGUUAAAACAAUAGAUGGGGAAGAGAUUAAACUUGAUAAAUACAAAGAUAAAGUAUUAAUUAUAUCGAAUGUGGCAUCACAAUGCGGUUUUACUAAUUCUAAUUAUAAACAAUUUCAGGAAUUAUAUAAUAAAUAUGCUGAUAAGGGAUUUAGUAUUUUAGCUUUUCCAUGUAACCAAUUUGCACGACAAGAACCUGCAACAGAAUGCCAGAUUAAGGAUUUUUCCAAAAAAUAUGAUGUAACAUUUGAUAUGUUUUCAAAAAUAGAUGUAAAUGGUUCAAAUACAGAGCCAUUAUUUCAAUAUUUGAAAAAAGCUCAGAAUGGUCUUUUAUUUGAUGCCAUUAAAUGGAAUUUUACAAAAUUUUUAAUUAAUAAGGAAGGUGUUCCUGUUAAAAGAUAUGCUCCAAAUGUGGAACCACUAUCAAUAGAAAAGGAUAUAGUGGAAUUAUUGGAGGCAAAAUGAAGUAUUUAAAUAAAUCCUGCCUACUCUAAUAAAUAUUGCUUAUGUAAUAAUGUGAUAGCAUAAUUUUGUGAUUAAAAACAAACUUCAAUAUAUGUUUUAUUGUUUAUAGCUUUUUAUUAUGAUAAUAUAUUUUUAUAU